GAGAGGUGUUUUGGUAGAAACGAUACAUUCUGCCACAUGCUGCAACGACAAGCCUAUCUCAUCAGCAUCCACUGCGCGCUCAAGGGAUGAGAAUAGCCGAAUUGAAUCCAGUGGGGGAAAUAGGUCUAAUAUGUGAAUAAGGAGUUUGACAGCAGUAUGCGUCCGUAGUGAAGAGGAACAAAUAGGAAAACAAGCUCUCUGAGUGCUGGACUGAUAUCGCAUGGGGACAUGAACAGUGUGGACCCCGCUUCUACCAAACUGUUGACUUUCAACCAACGCUCUGCCUCGGAGGACUUGGGCUGCAGGCGUGGAGACUUCAGCCGAAAACACUAUGGCUCCGUCGAGCUGCUGAUCUCUAGUGAUGCAGAUGGAGCCAUACAGAGAGCUGGUCGUUUCCGAGUGGAGAAUGGCUCAUCAGAUGAGACGACGGACUACACCCCGGGAACCUGGAGAAGAACCGAUGUCCAUCUGGAGAACCCAGAGUACCACACCAGAUGGUUCUUCAAAUACUUCCUGGGCAAAGUCCACCAGAACUACAUUGGUACGGAUGCAGAGAAGAAUCCCUUCUACCUGUCUGUGGUUCUGUCCGACCAGAACAACCAGCGGGUCCCUCAGUACAGAGCCAUCCUCUGGAGGAAGACAGGAACUCUGAAGAUCAGUCUGCCAUACAGCCCCACCAAAACACUAUCAGUCAAAUCCAUCUUAAGUGCGAUGAACUUGGACAGGUUUGAGAAAGGCCCGAGGGAGAUUCUCAACCCAGAGAUACAGAAGGACCUACUGGUGUUGGAGGAGCAAGAGGGUUCUGUCAACUUCAAAUUCGGUGUCCUGUAUGCCAAAGAUGGACAGCUCACAGACGACGAGAUGUUUAGCAACGAGACUGGGAGCCAGAGCUUCGAUAAGUUCCUCAACCUCCUGGGUGACACCAUCUCCCUGCAGGGCUGGGCAGGCUACCGUGGUGGGCUGGAUACCAAGAAUGACACUACAGGAAUGAACUCCAUCUACACAGUGUACCAGGGCCAUGAGCUGAUGUUCCAUGUCUCCACCAUGCUACCCUACUCCAAGGAGAACAAGCAGCAGGUAGAGAGGAAAAGACACAUUGGGAAUGACAUUGUCACCAUAGUGUUCCAGGAGGGAGAGGAUGCAUCUCCUUCAUUUAAACCCUCCAUGAUCCGAUCCCAUUUCACACAUAUUUUUGCAUUAGUUAGAUACAACAGUCAGAAUGACAGUUACAGGUUGAAGAUUUUCUCUGAGGAAAGUGUGCCACUGUUCGGACCUCCCCUCCCCUCACCACCUGUGUUUACAGACCACCAAGAAUUCAGGGACUUUUUGUUAGUCAAACUAAUCAAUGGAGAGAAGGCCACCCUGGAGACGCCCACGUUUGCCCAGAAGCGCCAGCGGACCCUGGACAUGCUGAUCCGUUCCCUGUACCAAGACCUCAUCCCUGACCUCCACAAGAACAUGCUCAACAGACGCUCGUUUAGUGAUGUGCUGCCGGAGUCGCCCAAGUCUGCCCGCAAGAAGGAAGAGGCACGACAGGCCGAGUUUGUCAGGAUAGGACAGGCACUAAAGCUGAAGACCAUCGUCAGAGGAGACGCCCCCACCAGUCUGGUCACUACAGGCCUGUGUAGAAAAGAGCCGUGGGAGUCCCAGUCAUUCUGCAGUACGUUUCCCUAUGAGACGGUGUGUGCUGACUCCUGGGGUCAGUCUCUGCUGGUCGCCACGGAAGCAGCAGGGGUCAUGAUGAUAGAUGAAGCCCAGGUCCUGUCCCCAGUGUAG